UUCAAAACGGAUUGAAUUUAAUUGUUGAAAUUAAACACGAGCAUCAAAUUUUGAUGAUCAAAAAAUAAAAGCAUGCUAUUGUUUACAAAAAAACCAUGUUAUGCUCCAUCUGUUGUCUAAAAAGAAUAUCUGCAAAUAAUAAAAUUAGCGCCAGCCUUGAAUCAAUUCGGGUAACACAUGUUAUUGUUAUGUUUUGAUUUUGAACAACUUAUCUUUCUAUUAGUCUUCUUGAUAUUGAAAAAAUUAAUUUAUCAUAAUAGUAAGAUCUAAAAUUUAUAAUAAAUGGCGAUAAGUGAAAUAAUAGCCUCUUUGUCAACUAAUCCGUAUUUCGGUGCCGGUUUUGGUCUUGUUGGAAUUGGCUCUGGAAUUGCAAUCCUUCGUAAAUUUCUCAUAGUUGGUACUCAGGUUUUCCAGAGAAACUAUUUGAUGAGCUUGGAGGUACCUUGUCGGGACCGUAGCUAUGAGUGGCUUCUCUUGUGGAUCAAUCGUAAUACAAAAAAUGCCCAACAUUUAUCCGUCGAAACUACCUUUAAUCAAAUGGAGAGUGGUAAAGUUGAAACAAAAUUUGACUUUGUGCCAUCAGUUGGUCAACAUUAUUUUUGGUAUCGAGGAAAAUUAAUUUUUUUGGAGCGAUCUCGUGAUCAAAUGUUAAAUUUAAAUACAGGAGUACCUUGGGAAAGUGUCAAAUUAACUACUUUAGGAAGAAAUCGUCAGCUCUAUUUUGAUAUUUUAGAUGAAGCCAGAAGAGAUGCUUUGGCUACCUAUGAAGGAAAAACUGUUAUGUACACAGCAAUGGGCCACGAAUGGAGAGAGUUCGGAGCGCCAAGAAAAAGAAGAUUACUUUCUUCGGUGAUACUAAAUGGAAAUAUAAGUGAAAAAAUAACCAAAGAUGUAAAGGAGUUUAUCGAUAGUUCUGACUGGUAUGCAGAACGAGGCAUUCCUUAUCGCCGUGGAUAUCUCCUUUAUGGACCUCCAGGCUGUGGUAAAACGAGUUUCAUUACUGCACUAGCCGGAGAAUUACAAUUCAGCAUAUGUUGCCUAAAUUUAAGUGAGCGAGGACUUACGGAUGAUCGAUUAAAUUAUUUAAUGAAUGUGACACCGCAACAAUCAAUUGUUUUAUUGGAGGAUAUUGAUGCUGCCUUUGUGUCUCGUGAAGAGAGAAAAGAUGUCCAACUUGCCUAUGAUGGAUCAAGUAGAUUGACUUUUAGUGGACUCUUGAACAUGCUUGAUGGUGUAGCUUCAUCGGAGGCGCGAAUACUUUUUAUGACCACAAACUACUUAGAAAGACUAGAUCCUGCCCUCAUAAGACCAGGUCGAGUUGAUUAUAAAGAAUAUAUUGGCUAUGCAAGUGAAGAACAAAUUAUUAAAGCCUUCACCAGGUUUUAUCCGCAAGAAGAUACCGAAAUGGCUAUUCAGUUUAAAGACAGACUUCUGUUGGAGACAAAGCAGGUUUCAAUGGCUAUGUUACAAGGAUACUUUUUAUUGUACAAAAAUAAUCCAAAAGAGGCAUUAAAAAACAUAAAUCAAUUUAGGAAGCGAAUAUGACAAGAUAAAGUGAGAUCAAACCUGCCACCUGAUCAGACCGAAUUGUCUUCUUAUUCAAAAGCAUUUACACCAUCAUUUUCAUCCUCACUUCACAAGGUUACUGCAAUCUGAUGGAAGAUUGAGAGAAAAUGAAAGGAAAAGAGAAAGAAAGAAAAGAAAGGCGAUAACAAUAUCGAUCCAACUGGAAACACAUAAAAUGAAUAGGAACCAAUUCAUUUCAUACAAGAUGCUGAAGAAACAGAAGAAGAAAGGAUAUAGAAGAUGAUGAAGAUGAAGUAAAAAGGCUGAAUGAGCAUGUGAGAUGAAAAGGAUGAGGAUGAGAGGAAAGCAAGUUGUUAUGGGAAAGGAAAGAGACGUUAAGUUAGUUAAAGGCAAGAAAAACUUACAUGUAUU